AUGCGUGUUGUAACUGGGGAAGAAUUGCAUGCAGGAAGCAGUAGGCAAAGGGUCGUUGUGGGAGUCAAGAAAUUCAACCAAACAAUCAAAUGGGUUGCGUCCGGAAAAUCCGAGAAAUACGUCCGUCCUUCCAUCGUUGCUAAGUACCCAAAAAUGCAAAAGGCUAUCAAAGAUAGUCAGCUCACGCUUCCAAGAAAACGGGAGAAGAGAGACGUACAACUAAAGAACACCAAGUAUAGGAAUAAAAAUAAUGCACACGAAAAACAAAAAAUGGAGAGUAAGGCUGUCGCCUCGGGUCACUACCGAACGCCGACGCCGACAUCUUCAUCUUCAAUGAUAGACGUGAACCUGACAGCCUUCCUCGGCACCCCCAAAUCGGCUUCACUGCUGUUCAAGCUAGUAACGGAAGCCAUAGGCGACUUUGCACCCCUUCCAAGAAAUUUAUCCAAUCUCGACCUGCCUCCUCCCCCACCAGAAAGCGCAAGAGAAAUACGACUAAAUGGAGAACGCGGAGUUGAGGGUAUAGACGACGCGCUAGCCGAAACACUCGCAGAUGGAGACGUUGAUCGACUUGCGUCGUUCUUUUUGAGUGAUGAUCGCAGAGGCGUAGCAACGCGAGUGGAGGAUGAUGCGGUUGCUGGACGUGAGGGAGGAGGGGAAAGAGAUGCACGCCCUCGGGACCGAGAUGAGGUGUACGAGACGUAUGUAGGCCCAUCGCUAUUUGAGCGAUGGAGGGCGGUUGUGAACUUCGUACUGGCGAGGACGAACAGCGCUCAUGGAUCGGAGAGCGAGGAUAGGACGCUCGGAGCGGGCACGCGAGCGGUCGCGAUCACGGUCGCCCGACCUGGAGCGACGUCGUGGUAUUAUGUCAACGGACGAACCGGACGCAAGUUUGUGGGUGGCGAAUUUCACGUCAUGCAUGCCCAAACCCUCGACGUCCUGCUGCGGAUGCAGGGGACGAUGGGGGAGCAUGGCGGACGGGCAGGAUGA